ACAAAUAUAACAGGCGGCACCGCGAAGUGCAUUCAUUGUGAAAAAAACAAUUAAAACCAGCGGAAAUUCAUCGAAUUUGUCGUCCCACUUGCGCAAUAAGCAUAGCGAAAUUUUUGCAAAAUGCGCGCAAAAAAGGUAUGUAUUGAACUUGGAAAGAGUACUUACAAUAUUUGAACCCUUCAAGAGUGCUGAAGCCUUUAAAGAAAAUGGAAAUAAGACAAAGGAGAUUAAUGAAGCAAUUGUGUACAUGAUCUGUAAGGACAACAUGCCAGUCCGCUGUGUAGAAAAAGAGGGCCUCAAUAGACUUCUCAAAAAGUGUGUGCCGCAUUUUAAAAUGCCUUGCAGAUCCACGGCAAGUAUAUGAAAAUGUAAUAUAUUUUGAUACCCUUCAUAAGUAUAUAUUCUUUUUUAGAUAACAACAACAAUUGAAGAGAAGUACUACCAGUGCGUUGGAGCUGUGUUGAAAAUGCUAAGCAAUGCAAAUGACGUUGCGUUUACCUGCGAUGCCGUAACCAUACCGAACUCGAGUCGCUCGUUCCUUACCAUCACGGCGCAUUUUAUUGAAAAGGAUUCACUAAAUUCAAUCUGCCUUGCAUCUUUAAGAAUGAAUCAAUCGCAUACCAGUGAUUAUGUAAACACUUUGUUGGAAGAGGCGUGCGCCGAAUUUAACAUAGAUAAAAUGAAGUGGACAACUCUCACGACAGACAGCGCAAGCAAUAUGAAGUGCGCUGCCAAACUGUUUCUUGGAUUAAACAAACAUAUGCCGUGUUUCGCCCACAGCAUAAACCUUGUAGUAGAUGAAACUAUCAAGGAAAUGUGUUCAUUUUCUAGUAUCGUGGAUAAAAUAAAGAGAGUGGUUAUGCAUUUUAAGCAUAGUCCGGCUAUGAUGGACCAACUAAGAAAGGCCCAAAUGGACCAAGGAAUUCCCGAGGGAAAAAUCAAGACCCUCAUACAAAAUGUUGACACCAGAUGGAACUUUUGCCUGGACAUGAUGGAGUCCUUUUUAGGCUUAGCCAACAAGGUGGCUCUUAUUUUGCUACACAAAUCAGAACGUGUCAAAGGACUCCCUGAAAUGCUCAAUGUGUCAGAGCUAACGAUAUGUCGAGACUUAUGUAGUCUCCUUCAACCUUUUAAAAAAGCAACAGAGCAAAUAAGUGGCGAAAAUUACGUAACUAUUUCCGAUGUCACAAAACCGGAAGACGUUUUUGACGAUUUCAUGAGCGCACACAAUCACUCAAUCACAAAAGAAUUGAGCGGUGUGUCGGAGCAAAAUAAGGAGCUGAAACUAUACUUUAGCUUGCCCCAAGCUGCGUGGGAAUGUAACCCGCUGGAGGUGUGGAAAUCCCAUAGGGCGACCAUGCCGGGCCUUUACAAGAUGGCCAUGCGACAUCUUAUCACUCCAGGCAGCUCGGUGCCUUCAGAGCGGUUGGCAUCCGCAAUAAAAUGUGUAGUUUGCGAUGCUAGGAGCCGAAUGACGGACAUACACAUAAAGCAAAGAGUGUUUUUAAAAUCUAUAAAUUCUGCCAAUUGGGAUUGAUGUUAAAUUUACAUACAUAUAAGACAUAAGACAUGUUGAUUAAA